AUGGUAAUGCGUAGUGCACCGCUGAUGGGCUGGAAGAAUGUUAGCACGGGUUCGGACGCCGAGAAGCAUAUGCCCAUCACUCGGAUAUGCGUACAGGUGAAGCAGGGAUCGAUCUACGGUGUACGCGAUCGACUACCGAACGGCCAGAACUACUACUACUUUAAGGGUGUACCGUACGCGAAAGCCCCCGUCGGUUUGCUGCGCUUCAAGUCUCCCGUUCCGCUGGAAAAAUACUCCGUAUCCUAUCUGGACUGCACCAAGGAGCGCAGUAACUGCGUGGGGCUGGACGUGCUAACGAAGGAAAUCAGUGGUACCGAGGAGGGACUCUUUCUCAACAUCUACACACCGAAACUGGGCAAACCGGGUGGCAGCGGCUGCGAUCCGGAACCCCUGCCGGUGAUGGUGUUUAUCCACGGUGGUGGUCUGAUUGGAGGACACGGUGACAGUUCGCUCUACUUUCCGAACUAUCUCGUGCAGCAGGGUGUGAUCGUGGUGACCCUGAACUAUCGACUCGGUGUGCUUGGCUUCCUCUGUCUUCCCGAUGCCGGCAUCCAGGGGAAUGCCGGUCUCAAAGACCAACGGAUGGCACUGCGAUGGGUGAACGAAAACAUUGCCCAGUUCGGGGGCGAUCCAUCCAAUGUGACACUCUUUGGUGCCAGUUCCGGUGCGAUCGCGGUCAAUUAUCACUGUCUGUCGGUUGAAUCGAAGCGUUACUUCCACAAGGCCAUCCUUCAGAGUGGCUCGAUCUAUACGGAGUUUUCCUUUCAAGCGGAACCGGAAGAGAAGGCACGCCGGAUGGCCGAGCUGCUGGUGCCAGUCUCUGGCAACGGUCAACCGAGAACGGACACGGAAGUGUACGAAAUCUUGCGCAAUGCACCAGCGAAGCGUUUGUUCGAGCUACAACCGCAGGUACUGACCGAGCGCGAGAAGAAGGUGGAAAAGUUGUUCCAGAUUCCGUUUCUACCCGUGAUCGAACGGGCCGAUUCGGAGGAUGCGGUCAUCCAGCGCCAUCCAACGGAGAUCAUGAGUGAACCGGACUCGAUCGGAAUACCGAUCAUACUGGGGUACAACGAACGGGACGGUAUGAUGGUGCUGAUCGAUGCGAUCAAAACACUGGCGGCGUAUAACGUGGAACCGGAGCGCUUUUUACCCCGUACGGUUGCCCUGGAGUACUUCUCACCUGAAGCGCACGCGCUGGGUGAGGAAAUCCGAGAGUUUUACUUCGGUAACCGGCCCGUUAGUCGGGAUACGUUGAACCAACUGACGGACGUGUUCACCGACAAGUAUCUGCUGGCUUACCGAAUGACGAUUGAGCUGUGGGCCCGAUAUCAACGCCGCACCAAGUUCUACGGCUAUCGGUUCGCGUUCGAUGGGUUGCUGAACAAGGGCAAAGCCAUCAUGUCACUGCGUACGAUGAAAGGAGCGGCGCAUAUCGAUGAAGUGUACUAUCUGUUCAGCUCGCCGCUGCUCCGUACCGAGGUACCGGAAACGGACAAAUCGUAUGAACUGCGCAACACGAUGGUCACGAUGUGGACGAAUUUUGCCAAGUACAGUGAUCCCACGCCGGAGGAUCGUGGUGCGAAGCUACCAUUCCGCUGGGAACCGCAACAGAAUGUCCCAACCGAUGCGAACCAUGUGCCGCUGAUGUGUCUCAACAUCACGAACGAGUCGAUCGGGAUGAGCGAGAUGCCCGAGAAGCGGCGGAUGGACUUUUGGACCAAGAUCUUCCAGCGCUACAAUGGGCGCAUCUCGGACGUCGCGAUCCCGGUCAUCAGUUCGUCGUGCGUCGACGAGAACAAUAAUGUGUGA